AUGAACUCCUUAAUAGUCACUGAAUACUGCAGAACCUGGAAGAGGCAGAAUCAACCUGGUGUCUUCAUUCUGUUCUCCUCAGCACUAACUAACCUCCUCCUGCAGUGCUCCAUCACUUUCGGCGGCUGCCUGUAUUCUUUUGACAGCUACCUGACGUUUGUACAAGAAGUCUAUGUAAUGGACUUUGCAAUUCUCUAUUUUCUGAUAGAGCUGAGCUUCUGGCAUGCCACCUGGCUCUCCAUCUACUACUGCCUAAAGUUGGUCAACCUUCCAUGCCAGUUCUUCUUCCAGUUGAAGCUUCAUUUCUCCACCUUUGUUCCUCUGCUGCUCGUAGGGUCUAUCAUCGGCUCACUUCUAAUUAAUGUACCAUUUCUCUGGACUCUACAGAUAACACAGAUUUACAACAUGACUGAAUAUAAGUUUGCAAUGGUUUAUCCUCACAUAAUCUUUAACAUGAUAGUUGGUUGUUGCCUUCCCUUUCUGAUAACUUUUACAUCGAUCGUGCUUUGUGUCAACUCCCUCCUGAGACAUAUCAUGAAGGUAAAGAGCAAUGAGAUCAACUUCCAGAGGCCUCAGCUAAAGGCUCACAUGGGCGCAGUCAAAACAAUGGUCGCCCGCCUGAUUCUAGACCUGAUCCUUUGCUUGGGAUCUACUGUUUCAUUAAUGUCGGGGCUAACUUUUGGGAUAGUGGUGGACACAGCCUGCUGGCUAUAUAUUAUGGUGUAUUCCACUUCCCUGUCCAUCUUAUUCAUUCUCGGAAAUCCUAAACUAAAGAAAAAGUUAUUUACUUCUUCAAAGUGA